AUGCCGGGCGACGUACACGUGAAAAAGGGCUCUGAGAUCAAUGCCCCUAGUGGCGCGCAGACGGAGGGAAUGGUCAGAAUGAACGCCAUCACCGACAUGUCGGACCAGGUAUGCGGGACGGGUGAGUAUCUCGGCACCCGAUAUGGUACAUACACGGAGACGGCCCAUCGUAUACUGACUAUGAAAGUCAUGAUUGCAAAGCCGCACAGCGCAUCUGCUGUUCACCAUCAUGGAGAAGAGGACACAAUCGUUUAUGCUGCAAGCGGCCACGGCGCCAUAAUCUGGGGGCCAGAUGGGUCCAACAGACAAGAGCUUGCUCCUGGAGAUUUUGCUCUCAUUCCUGCCUACGCGGAGCAUCAAGAGGUCAACGAUACAGACAGCGAGGUCAAGUGGAUCAUCACCCGCGGCGGUAGAAACCCUAUUGUGCACAACCUCGAUGGAUGGGGAAAGAGCUAG